CAGGGGGGAAAUGCAAUGCUACCAAGCCACGGCCGAGCAACUUGCAUCGCUGCAACAUGUAGUUUAAUUUUUUGAGAGGUGCACGUCUACAGCGUAGGGUCGGUAUCUCCAUGUACCUACGGCUAACCCAUGGCGUUGAUUUAACAGGUGUCAGUAGCUGGUACCACUGAAAAAUAGCAAGACGAUAGCGUGUGUAGAUGCAGCGGCCCAGUGCUCUUCAAGCUACAGCUACUUUGUGUUUAUUGGGUCCUUUUUUGUGAGUUUUUGGACGUCAAUUGUCAACAGCAUACGUACAGUACAGCAGAGCUGAGCUGCUAAAGGUUGCAGACAACAACCUCUGCACCACGGACAAUAAUAACUGGACAAGAUGCGACUACGGGUUUCUCGCGCAGCUUGGACCACUGUGCGAUGAUAACAACGGAGACUUGGCCAGAUCAGUACAUCCCAGACGUUGCUAUUGAGCUUGCGAGCCGCGCUGUCUUCAGGGUGGACAAGACUAUUGUCUCCGGUACGUUGUUACAUUAACAACAGCUGUUGUGUAAAUGCUGCAGUCAAAGACACUCACUGCUCUCCGGAUAUUGAGUACCUGAUGUUACAGCGCAGACCUUACUACUUGCCCAGGGAGUUAACAUCGGUCUUUAACAGCUGUUUAUGCACCACCUCACUCCAUUAGCCAGCAGCUGAGGGCACAACCAGACAGUAUUGUUAUAGCAGCAGGGGACUUCAAUCAUGGCAACUUGAAGUCAGUUCUGCCAAGAUUCCACAGAUAUGUAAACUUCCCAACAAGAGGAGAAAAGAACACUUUAGAUCAGGUCUACAAAGCCAGCACUCUGCCACAUCUGGGACUCUCAGAUCACCUGUCUCUGUCCCUGAUCGCUGCAUCCAAACCACUCGGCUGUAAACAGAGACCAUCCAUGACGUAUGGACUGAGGAAGCUACUGCAGCCCUGCAGGACUGCUUCGAAGACACAGACUGGCGAGUUUUUGCUGCAGGGGCAGACCUGGAGGGACAAACAUCAGCUGUUCAUAUAUAUAAGCUUUUGCGCUGAGAGUGUUUCGGAGGAAAAUACUGUUAAAGUGUUUCCUAACCAAAAACCAUGGUUUAACAGCAAGGUGAGGACCGUGCUGAGAACAUGAGACCCUGCGUUGAAGUCUGGGGACCUGCAGGCCUACAGCGAGGCACGGCGAAGCCUGAGGAGGGGCAUCAGUGAGGCCAAAAGCAGGUACGGGCAGCGCAUAGAGCAAUAACUCCAGAUGCAUGUGGCUGGGGAGGACAGCUACACAGCCGCAAACCCCACCGACAGCACACUGCCAGGCAGUUUUAUAUUUUUUACUAUUUAAAUUUUCAAAAUCAUAUUAAGAGCAGGUAAACUGUGUUUCGUUGUUGUGAAACAAUAACAAUAAAGAUAUAUUCUAUUCCAUUCACUGCGGGAGGCGAUCGGAUGAGGAGCCCGUACCGGUGAGAGUCGUGGCUGAUCGAGGAAAUGCGCUGCCGGACAAAUUCCCGUGAUAACUCCUGCUUCAUUGGAUGGGGAAAGGGAAAGCCCACGGAGAACACUUGCUGUCCCAAAAUGCUUAAGAACAAGCCCAAGGAAUUUGACAGCUAUUGGGGCAGAUUCCACCAAACAGGAGCAAGGAUCUGGACAGCACUCUCAAACGACUAUCUCCAGGAGAUUAGUCGGCGGGUCAGAUGUUUGGCAAAUUCAGUUUCCCACAGUGCAACGGCAAAACAGGUGCAGAGUACCUGAAAUGGGUGUCAGGUCUUGUGUCUGAGAAUAGACACAACAGGGUACCUUUAAAGAAUCCAGCUGGCGCCACAUGGACGAUAGGAAACCUGGAGGACACCAUUUACUUAGGGGAAGAUGACGAGGUGACCGGGUGGAGUAAAUUCUACCUUCCUGAGCCAGUAAACAUGCAGGUUAUAGGUGUAGUGGAGGGAACUUCGUGCCCGUGUGAGCAGCUGGUUUUGAUGACCUGUGAGGACAGACGGGUGUAUGCUUACGAUGGAGAAGGGGAGGAGCUGCAUCUGGUGGCUUCAAGUCUGGAUCAGCUACGUGACGCGGAAAUAGAGUAUCCAGCAUCCAAGACCUAUUACGAUGGGGAGGCCUUCAAAGAUAUGACCGAGGAGGACUGGGCAGAGGUGAGGAAGGGCGAUGUGGGGAAGAGGCUGGACGAAGAGCAUCAUAAACUGGUGAUGUCAGAAAAGUCCAGAUUCCUGGAAAAUCUCAAAUUCCCCAUCCUCAUCACGUAGUGUAUCUUUCAGUGGUGGUGUAUAUUGCAGUGGUGUUGUAAUGGCACAUUUACAUUUAAGCUCAGUGUUCCUGUUCACUCAAUGAAGAAACUUGUCCACAUUGGGCUGCUGCUGUCCUUCCUAUAUUUGCAACUAUAUUUUUAAUAAAAUGCAAAAACCUAACUUAGUCUUUAGGUUUAGUCUUCGACUGUAUUAUUUUCACUUUACUAAACUUUCAAAACUUUUCUCCUGCUGCCAAGAAACUUCCACAACAGUGUCUUGAAUAAUGUGUGGAAUAAUUAAUCUUCAAUAUUGUGUGCUUGAACAUAGAGUAAAAUCUGACAACUUUGGAAAAGUUUGGAAAACAUGUACAUGCACAGAACCCAUUACUGCUUGGGGUGCUUUGCUGCGGCAAACAUCAUUGUAUAUGUGUCACAUGUGUAAAUAAAUGUAUAAAUAAACAGUUGUUUCUA